GUGGAAAAGGGAACCACGCAAACAAGCGAAACUUGGCACUUCUCUUCCGCAAACUCUGUGUGUGCAAAUCCACCCCCCCAGCCCCGCUCCCAAGGAAGAACUGCCAGCAAACAGAGCAGCCAGCACCGGCAGCUCUGUUCUCAGCCCAGCAAGGAGGGAGGCACGAUGCGGCUCAGCCUUUGGCUGGUGACCAGCACCCUGGCAGCAGUGCUGGGCAUGGAAGCGCUCGAGGACGUGGUGUGUCGGGCACCAAAUGGCAAGGACGGCUUCCCAGGGAUCCCCGGCCUCGACGGGAGGCCAGGGCAGAAGGGUGACGUGGGAGAACCAGGGAAAUCAGCACCAAGGACGGGCAUCCGAGGACUCAAAGGAGAUAAAGGUGAAUCGGGGCCUGCUGGGAUCCCAGGGAACCAGGGCUACCAUGGUCCACCGGGUCCUCCAGGGCUGCCAGGGGAGCCGGGGCUGAAAGGGGCCAAGGGGAAUGCUGGCAGCUUCCAGCGGCAGCCUCAUCCUGCCUUCUCUGCCUCGCGGCUAUCCCCACGGUACCGCGGCACCACAGUGCUGUUUGACAAUGUCAUCACCAACGAGCAGGGCUCCUACAGCCCCCAGACCGGGGAGUUCAUCUGCAGCAUCCCUGGGAUCUACUACUUCGCCUACCAAGUGAUCUCCAACGGAGACCUCUGCCUGAGCAUCACCAAGAACAGCAUGCGCGUGGUCAGCUUCUGCGACAACAACAGCCGCAACAUCCUGCAGGUGAACUCGGGCAGCACCGUGCUGAGCCUGGCUGUGAACGACCGGGUGUCUGUGAACACCGUUCCGACAAAGGGCAACAUGAUUUACCAUGGCACCGAGGCAGACAGCGUCUUCAGCGGCUUCAUGCUGUUCCCACACACGGGAUGAUGGGCAGCCAGCCCCCUGACUUGCCAGCCCAGACCUGAACUGCUUAGCACCCGCGUGUGUGCCUGCGUGCAUUUGUGCCCUGCAAGGAGGUGGGGUGGCCUGAUGUGACAGCCAAGGGGAUGGCCUCCAACUGAGCAGUGGAGGUUCCCUUGCCUGCAGGAGCCCGGCAGGUCGGCCUGCUGCCUCCUGGAGGUUGAGGGCUCCCGGCCUCACGCUCAGACCUCGUGCCGGAGGGGAUCACUUGUCACUGGCUCUUUGUGUGAAAUCACUGCGUGCCACUGCUUUUGCAUCUCUAACCACUGUAAGCUCGUCUCUGGCACAAGGCCAGUAUUGCUUCUCACAUCCUCCCCAUCACUGCAAAUAAAUCUCUUCUUUCCUGA